AUGUCUCCUCAAUUCAGACCAGAACGCGCUCCGGUCGUGAGGUUACGUACAAGCUCUAUACCCAGCUACUUCCAAACGAUUGUCGGCAAACGAUCGCCCAUUUCUGAUGACAUCGAGGAGUUUCGUGGUAUACCGUACGCCCGUGUACCGGGAAGAUGGGAGCACUCGCAACUGAGAGAUCGUUUACCGCAGGAUGUAUUUGAUGCUACAGAGAACGGCCCACGAUGCCCUACGGAGCACAAAGGAAAUUCACAAGCAUAUCAAUCAUACCUACCAUACCCCGACGACCGCGAGGAUGAGUUUGAGUGCCUGAACCUUCUCAUCAUGCGCCCGAGCAAGGAAGCACUUGCAAACCACAGUCUUGAUGCCGAGACGACCCAGUUGCCUGUACUUGUCUGGAUCCACGGCGGAGGCUUCACAGACGGCGCAGCCACGGAUCCAGUAUGGGACCCCUCCCGUAUUGUCCUCCGUGGGCUCUCAAAGAGAACACCCUUUAUCGCUGUGUCCAUCAACUAUCGUCUCAAUAUUUUCGGGUUUGGUGCUUCAUCCGAUAUGCUUGCGGUGGCGUGA